GCGCUUUCCUCUUCUUCCUGCCGUGGAACGGCGCGACUGUCGUCGGCACCACCGACAAGAAGUACUUGCUCAACGAGGUUGGGCGCUACCUCUCGCCCGAGCUGCAGGACGCGUCGCUAUUGGCGGCUGGCAUAACGCCACCCUGGAUCUGCUUCAUCACGGGCGGCAAGUGGACCACCUACCGCGAGAUGGCAGAGGACACCGUCAACCGCGUCAUCAAGGAGAAGGGCUUCAAAGACGUCGGUCCGUGCGUCACGCGCCACCUCCCGCUCAUCGGCUCGGAGAACUUCAAACCGGGCUACCGUGGGCUGCGCUCGAAGACCAAGGAGCCUCUGCACCGUCGAGACGUGGCCGAGCACCUCGUCCGCGCCUACGGCUGGCGCGCACUCGACAUAUCGUGUGGUGUGUUUGCUGCAGGCUACCCCUUCAUCGAGGAGGAGGUGGAGUACUGCUGUGGCGAGUACUGCCGUAGCGUCAAGGACAUGCUCUCGCUGCGGAUGCGGCUCGCGUACAUCAACUCGGAGGCGGCCAAGGAGGCUGCCACCGCGUACAUGAAUGAGUUUGGCGGGCCGGUCCCCGACAAGUCGGGUGCCAAGCUCCGCUCGGCCACCUUGUCUUCAGGCGCUCUCGGUGUAGCUGAGCUUGACGCCGACGGCUCCGGCUACCUCGACAUGCGCGAGGUCGGUCAGGCCGCCUCUCGGCUCGGCUUCCCCUUCGCGAACUCCAAGGAACCGUCGGAGCUGACCGCGUCUUUCGAGCUGAUGGACAGCACGAAGUCGGGCCGCAUCACGGAGCCCGAGUUCGUCGAGUGGUGGAACGGCAAGGGCGACAGCUUCCACAAGCAGUUGCACGACAGCCUCAAGGCGCCCUUGCACGCGCCGUGGCCCCGAGAGCGAACGUACGAGCUGGUCCUGGCAGCCCUUCGUGCCGGCUUUCGUGGCAUCGACACGGCGUGUCAGCCCAAGCACUAUGAUGAGGCGGCCGUUGGUGCAGCGCUAGAGACCUCCGGCCUGCGGCGAGCUGAUCUGUACGUGCAGACCAAGUACACGCCACUGGCGGGCCAGGAUCCCGAUCGUCUGCCGUACGAUGCUGCAGCAGAGGUGGAGGAGCAGGUGAAGCAGUCGGUCGCCGCGUCGCUGCGCAACCUGCGAACCGACUACCUCGACUGCCUCCUGCUCCACUCGCCGCUGCCGUCGCACGAGCAGACACUGCGCGCCUGGCGGCAGAUGGAGGCGCACGUGGCGGCGGGCGAGGCGCGGGCUCUCGGUCUCUCGAACCAGUACGACGCGGCCGCCCUGGAGCGGCUCUGCGAGGAGGCCUCCGUCAAGCCGUCCGUCGUGCAGAACCGGUUCGUGGAGGAGCACGGCCGGCACGACGUCGCCGUGCGCGCCGUCUGCGAGCGGCACGGCGUGCGGUACCAGGCCUUCUGGGCCCUGACGGGCAACCGGCGCAUCUUGCAGGGGCGCGCCGUGCGCGAGGUGGCGAAGGCGCACGGCGCGUCGGCCGAGCAGGUGUGGCUGAGCUUUGUGCAGGCGCUCGGUAUCACCCCGCUGAGCGGCACGACGGAUCCGAACCACAUGGCGCAGGACCUCGCGCUGCCUGCGCUGAGCGCGGCAGAAGUCGAGCGGCUGCAGCAUCUCAUCGGCUGAUCGUGACAUGUGCGUUCGAGGCUUGUGCGGAGGGUUAGAGUAUGUAAGGUUCCGAAAGCCGAUCCA